AUGUCGUAUCCUUCAGGCGAAAAUGGGGACAAGGCUUUUGACGUUGACCACACCGAAUCAGUAGUGAUUCAGGCAGACCGUCAAAAAUCGGCUUGGCAAUGCAUCUUGGAAAACCCAAAGAUAGCGGCAUGGACUCUGUAUGCGAAUGUUGGUUCCGCGUUAGUCGGUUAUGAGAAUCUCGCAUUGUCGGUCUGCCUGGCCAUGCCAGCGUUCCAGAAGACAUUCGCCUCCGACGUAAAUGGUGUCCUCAUCAUUCCUGCCGCUUGGCAGUCUGCAUGGAAUGCAACAUAUAACGUACUACAGUUAUUUGGAGCAUUUACCGCUGGACAUCUUCAGGAUUGGUUCGGUCGUCGAGCUGUAUUCUUAGCGGCUAUCAUCUGUGCAUCAGCAUGCAUUUCACUUUCCUACAUCUCACAGACUCAAGGCCAAUUCCUUGGUGGAAAGAUAGUCACUGGUUUUGCUAAUCUCGGCAUGCUUAUUGCGAUCUCCGCCACCUUCAGCCGGGUCUCUAUCAUGGACGAAUCUGCCUUCCGCGUCAUCUUUGCUGCAGCAUGGGCGUUUCCAGGUAUCCUUGCUCUUGGCCUUCCCUUCCUCCCAGAAUCACCAUACUGGCUUGUUAUGAAGCAGGAGCAUGACAAAGCCCGCCAAGCUCUUCAACGCCUGUCGCCAUCUGGAGAAGAUAUCGAUGCUCGACUCGACCAAGUGCAGCAAACCGUCUACAGAGAGCGCGAGCUUGCGAAUGGAGAUGUUUCCGUCCUUGACUGCUUCCGCGGAACAAAUAUGCGUAGAACUCGCAUCAUUUUGAUCUGCAUGUAUAUGCCAAAGGUUGUUGGUGCGGUUCUCUCUUCAAACGCGCCAUACUUUCUCAAUCAGACAGGCCUUGACAGCCAUAUGGUUGUGACUCUGACGCAGAUUGGCAUCAGCAUGGGAGUUGUCUCAGCCGUAGUUAAUCUUUUCUUGAUGAUGAAACUACGCCAUCGUUUGCUCAUGUUCUGCGGCGUCGGCAUAUCAAUCAUCAUGUACCUGAUUAUGGGCAUUGCCAGUUUGUUACCCAAGACAACAGGUUCGCUUACCGUCAUUGGAGUGUCUCUCCAAUUUAUCUCCAUCUCGUACGGUCCAGCUGUAGGUGCAUCUAUGGCGGUAGCUGGCGAAGUAUCGGCAAGCAGACUGAGAGCCCAAUCGUUGGGCCUUGGUGCAGCCUUUAUGGCACUUGCGGCCACCUUCUGGCAAGUUGUUCUACCUUAUUUGUUUAACCAGGACGAGGCAAACCUUGGUGGAAAACUCGGCUGGAUUUUCCUUGGGAUGGCAAUUGUUUAUCUUGUUAUCGUAUAUUUUGAUGUCCCAGGAACAAGGGGCAGAACCUACGAGGAGUUGGAUGUCAUGUUUGAGAAGGGUAUUCCGGCGCGGAAGUUUGAAGCAUACAAGUUUGAGGACAAUAAUGCUUAA